GCUAGCACCCCGCGCUUCCUCUCCAAGACCUUGCCGCUUCGACUUGGCCCGCUGCACAGCUGACCAGGCUGCAAAAAAGAGGCAACUCGGUGGAUCUGACCCCUGCCCACCUGUGGAAGAAGCUCGCACCGACAGAUGCGCUCCCGACUUUUCCCCCACCGUGGGCCUCGCGGGCGUCCCCUCCCACCGAGGCAGCCGCUCCAGUGAAUGUCCUUUAGGCUGGUUUUUCCCCCAGCUUCGGGCUUUGUUUGGGUUUGAUUGUGUUUGGCUCUGCGCUAAGCUGAUUUAUGCAGCAGAAGCCCCAACGGCUGGGGAGAAACAAAAGCUCUUUUCUUUGUCCCAGAACGGGCUGCGGAGCCCUCGGUCGCGUCGCCGCCGCCCCGGGCCACUGGCCGUCGGAGGAGGCGCUUCUCGCGGAGAUCUCGGGAGCCUCCGAGCAGAGCUGGGAGGGCCGAGCGGGCCCUGAGAUGCAGAGCGGUGCUCGGGCCGGCGUACCUGCACCGCCAGUGGGGAGCCGCGGGAGCCGCCUGCCGGGCCUGCGGGAAACUUCCUAGCGACUCUCGGCCCGCGGGCCCCGAGGUGCGCCCGGGCGGCGCGAGCGCGCAUCCGGAGAGCCGCCGGCCGGCGGGCGCGGUGCGGGCUGCUGUGCAUUAUGUGCCGCUUGGACCAGGCUUUUUUUACUGCCGCAUUUGUCUGCCUGCAAAACUGCCGCCGAGGUCCUGCCCCCUUCCUCCGGGCGGCCUGGGUGUUUUCAGUUGUUCUUGGACUGGGCCAGAGUGAAGACAAUAGAUGUGCAUCUUCGAAUACAGCAUCCUGCGCCAAGUGCCUCGCUCUGGGUCCAGAAUGUGGAUGGUGUGCUCAAGAGGAUUUUAUUUCGGGUGGCUCCAGGAGUGAACGCUGUGAUACUGUUUCCAAUUUAAUAAGCAAAGGCUGUUUGAUUGAUUCGAUUGAAUAUCCAUCCAUACGUGUAAUACCCAGUGAAAAUGAAGUUAAUACCCAGGUGACUCCUGGAGAAGUGUUGCUCCAGCUGCGUCCAGGAGCUGAAGCUAACUUCAUGCUGAAAAUCCAUCCUCUCAAGAAAUAUCCCGUUGAUCUUUAUUAUCUGGUUGAUGUCUCAGCAUCAAUGCACAAUAAUAUUGAAAAACUAAAUUCAGUUGGAAAUGAUUUGUCAAGAAAAAUGGCAUUGCUUUCCCGUGACUUCCGCCUUGGAUUUGGAUCAUAUGUUGAUAAAACAGUCUCACCAUACAUUAGCAUCCACCCAGAGAGGAUCCAUAACCAAUGCAGUGACUACAAUUUAGACUGUAUGCCUCCCCAUGGAUACAUUCAUGUGCUGUCUUUAACGGAGAACAUCACGGAAUUUGAAAAAGCUGUUCACAGACAAAAGAUUUCAGGAAACAUAGAUACACCAGAGGGAGGUUUUGACGCCAUGCUGCAGGCAGCUGUUUGCGAGAGUCAUAUUGGAUGGCGAAAAGAAGCUAAACGACUGCUUUUGGUGAUGACUGACCAGACAUCUCAUCUUGCACUUGAUAGCAAAUUGGCAGGCAUAGUGGUGCCAAAUGACGGCAACUGCCAUCUGAAAAACAAUGUCUAUGUGAGAUCAACAAGCAUGGAACAUCCCUCAUUAGGUCAACUUUCAGAAAAAUUAAUAGACAACAACAUUAAUGUUAUUUUUGCUGUUCAAGGAAAACAAUUUCAAUGGUAUAAGGACCUUCUACCUCUCCUGCCUGGUACCAUUGCUGGGGAAAUUGAAUCAAAGGCUGCAAACCUCAAUAAUUUAGUUGUAGAAGCCUACAAGAAACUCAUUUCAGAAGUCAAAGUUCAGGUGGAAAACCAGGUAAAAGGUGUCUAUUUUAAUAUAACUGCAAUCUGUCCAGAUGGAGCCAGAAAACCAGGGACAGAGGGAUGCCGGAAUGUAACAAGCAAUGAUGAGAUUCUUUUCAAUGUAACAGUUACCAUGAAAAAAUGUGAUGUCACAGGAGGAAAAAGCUAUGCAGUAAUCAAACCUAUUGGUUUCAAUGAAACCACCAAAAUUCAUGUACACAGAAGCUGCAGCUGUCGGUGUGAUGACAGCAGAGGACCCAAAAGAAAGUGUGUGGAUGAAACUUUUCUAGAUUCCAGGUGUUUCCAGUGUAACGAAAAUAAAUGUCACAUUCACGAAGAUCCAUUUCCUUCUGAAAGCUGCAAGUCACACAAGGAUCAACCUGUUUGCAGCGGUCGAGGAGUCUGUAUUUGCGGGAAAUGUUUAUGUCACAAAAUUAAACUUGGAAAAGUGUAUGGAAAAUACUGUGAAAAAGAUGACUUUUCUUGUCCCUAUCACCAUGGAAAUCUGUGUGCUGGGCAUGGAGAGUGUGAAGCAGGCAGGUGCCAGUGCUUCAGUGGCUGGGAAGGGGAUCGGUGCCAGUGUCCGUCGGCAUCGGCCCAGCACUGCGUCAACCCAAAGGGCCAAGUGUGUAGUGGCAGAGGGACAUGUGUAUGUGGCCGGUGUGAGUGUACCGAUCCCAGGAGCAUCGGGCGCUUCUGUGAGCACUGCCCCACAUGUCACACGGCCUGCGGGGAGAACUGGAAUUGCAUGCAAUGCCUUCACCCUCACAAUCUGUCUCAGGCUCUACUUAAUCAAUGUAAAACUUCAUGUGCUCUUGUGGAACCGCAUUUUGUGGACCAAACAGCAGAAUGUUUCUCCAACCCAAGUUACUUGAGAAUAUUUUUCAUCAUCUUCAUAGUUACAUUUCUGAUUGGUUUGCUUAAAGUCCUUAUCAUUAGGCAAGUGAUACUACAAUGGAAUAGUAAUAAAAUUAAAUCCUCAGCAGAUUACAGAGUGUCAAACUCAAAAAAGGACAAGAUGAUCCUACAAAGCGUUUGCACAAGAGCAGUAACCUACCGACGUGAGAAACCCGAGGAAAUAAAAAUGGAUAUCAGCAAACUAAAUGCUUGUGAAACUUUCAGGUGCAAUUUCUGAAAAGAUUCUUUAAGAAUGUACUUUUUGGGAAACUGGAUUUUUAAUAAUUGCUCCUAAAAAACACAGAAGUUUAAGAAGUCACAGGAAGAUACAGUGUCUUCUAGAUCAAGUUGGUUGCUGGUUGUCAAUCCAAGACAGACAAGUAUCCUCAUCACCCUGUGACUCACAUUGCUGCUCAAUUUUUCAGAGGAAAACAACGUGUUUUACUACUGUUUGAGACUAGUGUCAUUGUAGCACUUUACUGUAAUAUAUAACUUAUUUAGAUCAGCAUAGAAUGUAGAUCAUCUGAAGAGCACUGAUUACACUUUACAGGUACCUGCCAUUUUUACACUUCCCAGAGAGACAAUGCUGUGUGGGAGAUUUGGCAUUGUGUCACUACAAGGGUACAGUAAUCCCUGCACCUAACAUUCGGAUGAAACAGAGAUAACCAAGCAGAUAGAUACUAAUAUCGCCAAGUACAUCAUUAAUUGGCAGAGAAUAGAUAAGAAUAGCUAGAUGAAUAAAUGGUUAGUGCUUCACUCCUUCAAGAGGUAAACAGAUAAGACAUUUGUCUUGAAAAAUAGUGCUUUUGAAACUGUGGUUUUAGGCAUUCUUUUUUCUUUUUACAAGAUGGAUACUAAUUCCAAUAUUUUCUUCUCUUUGCCUACAAAUUUUGUUUUUCUUUCUUACAUGAUAAGUUUAUAUAUGUCACACAUGACUGGAUUAAAUAAGUGCUAUGUUACUACUGCCAGAAAAAAAAAAGUCUAAUAAUACAAUGUCACUUUAUUAGAAUACUAGUUAUAAAAGCUGAAUGUUUAAUAAGGGACACUGUAUAAUAACAUCAAAAUCUGAAGAGCUUUGUUUGCAGACAUGUGGUUUUGUAUCUUCUAAUCUGUAACUUGGAUGUUUCAUCAUUUUGUUUAAUGAACAGGUUGAAAUUCACAGAUAUUUAGAAACACUUCCUCAUCAAAGUGCCACACCUUUGAGUGAGUUUGGUCAGAUACAUAUAUUCCAAGUAAAUAUCAAUAUUUUUCUAAUUAUAAGCUCUAUUAUUUUUGUCCUUCAGCACAACCUGACAUUCUUUCCCUGAAUCACAGCAACUUUCCCUUACAAGAAUCGAUAAAAAUAAAAAAACUGGGAGAGGAUAGAUAAUAUCUUAGAAAUAAGCUAAUUCAUCCCUUUAGUUAGUCAGGGAACUGAGACUCAGAAAUUUUAAAUGCUUUUUUAAAGACCUUCCAAGUGAUUAAGUGGCGACAUUUGAAAAGUACAUCCAUUUUCUUACUACCAGCCUAGUGUUGACUAUACAUAUGCUACCUCGUGAAUUUUAAAAUAGUAAAUUGGCAAGUACUUUUAAAUGU